UGACGCAGUUCCGUUGCGCGAGCUCCGCCCCUGCGCGUCCGGCCGCGGUGGGUUUGAACGCUGUUCCCGGGGAAACAACGGCGGACUUGGUGCACCAUGGAACCGAGGGUAGUGAAGCCGCCGGGGCAGGAUUUGGUAGUAGAGCGUCUGAAAAGCCUCUACGGACUAGGGGGCACGUACCUCGCCGAGUAUGAUUUUUCAAAUUUUGAUCAGGCUAAAUGGAAGAGAAGAUCUCUAACCUCCCCAGAUGAUUUGGAUAUCUUCUCAUUUGGUGAUAAAGUUGGUUCAUCAUUAAGAUGUUAUUCCGAUGAAAGAAAGCAUUGCACAACACCACUUUGUAGUUCAUUCAAACAGUUAAAUGUGAAUUGCCUAGAUGAUGAACUGGAUUCUUUUCAAGAUUUGAAGCAAAAAGAAGCAAAAGAAGACUUAAUUGAAAAUGAUUAUGGAGUUAGUACCUCCAAGAUAACCAAGCAGUCUUUUAAAGACAUAGAAAAAGUUGCCCAGCCAACUAAUUUGGCCGCAAAUUCAAGAAAUUGGACUGAAUGUUGUAGUGAUGCAAGUGACUGUCCUCUGAGACGUGUUCGCUAUCCGACAUCUAAAGUACCAAACAAGCAGAGAAUACUUCCAUAUCAGAUUAAUCAGAUAUAUGAUGAAUUAUUUCAAAUACAUCAGAAACUGCAGUGUGAAACUGCAGCCCAACAGGAGUUUGCUGAAGAACUUCAAAAGCGGGAGCGUUUUUUAGUUGAAAGAGAACAACUGCUUUUCAGACAUGAAACUGCUUUGAGUAAAAUUAAAGGUGUCGAAGAAGAGGUUCUUACAAGAUUUCAGAUUAUAAAGGAGCAGCACAGUGCAGAAGUUGAGCACUUAACUGAAGUUCUUAAGGAAAGAAAUAAAGAAAGUAAGAGGCUAAGGUCCUCUUUUGAUGCAUUAAAAGAAUUGAAUGAUAACUUAAAAAAGCAGUUAAAUGAAGUAAGUGAAGAAAACAAGAAGAUGGAGAUUCAGGCUAAGAGAGUUCAAGCUCGUUUAGAUAAUUUACAGAGGAAAUGUGAGUUUAUGACAAUACAGAGACUGAAAGGAAAUUCCCAUGCUGCUAACGAAAUGAAAAGUUUAAGACAAGAAAAAGUACCAGUCUCAAAAACUCACAAGGUACCAGUUAAUGCACAAGUUUAUGAACUUUUAACUGUCUUCAUGGACUGGAUUUCAGAUCACCACCUUAGUAAAUUAAAAAGCGAAGAAUCUGGAAUGGAUGGUGAAAAGCCCCUACUGAAAUUUGCUUCUCAGAGAAAUGAUAUUCAGGAGAAGUGUAUAAAGCUUUUGCCUGUGAUUACAGAGCAGUUACAGUGGAUGCCAUUUGUGAAUGCCAAACUUCAUCAGCCUUUUGUAAAAUUUAUAUAUUGGUCUCUCAGGCAGCUAGAUGCUGGAACACAGCAUUCAACUAUGACAUCAACAUUGAGGAGACUGGGUGAAGACAUAUUCAAAGGAGUAGUAACUAAGGGAAUUCAGGAUAAUUCUUUAGACCAUUCAGUGGAGAAUAAACCAAAGACAGCUGCUUUCUUUAAGAGCUCCAAUUUACCAUUGAGAUUUUUAUCAACUUUAAUUGUUCUCAAAACAGUCACUCAAGCUGACUACCUGGCUCAGGCGUUUGAUUCUCUGUGUUUAGACUUGAAGACAGAUGAAGGAAAAAUCUUGUUUUUGGAGUAUCAAGCUGUUCCAGUGAUACUAAAUCAUCUAAGAAUAUCCAGUAAAGGACUUCUCUCCAAUGUCAUUGAUAGUUUGCUUCAGAUGACAGUGGAAUCUAAAUCUUUGCAGCCUUUCCUGGAAGCCUGUAGCAACACUUUAUUUUUUCGUACUUGCUCAGUGCUGCUUCGAACCCCUAAGCUUGAUCUUCAAAUACUAGAAAAGCUCAGUAUUAUUCUGCAGAAACUUUCCAAAAUCAAAAAUGUGGGGUUGAAUUAUCAGAAAGGAAGAAGCUGAAAAUAUGUGAACCAAACAUAUAGAGAAGAUGGAAUAAGAACAACAAAGAAUACUUGUUGGAGCACCAGAGCCACAAGAGAUAGACACAAACAAGCCUGCCUCCUUCAACCCCACUGUGCCUGGACCAGCUCAUACCUCUACUUCUCAGCCUGCCACGAAAAUAGCCACUUGUUUCUUUGAGCCGUGGAGCUAACUGAUUUCUCACCAUCUAGGCUUCAGGUGAGGGGCUCUCCAGAUCAUUGGACACUUGAGUUGCUUUUUGUCCAGGUGUGAAGCUGACACCUUGAGUGGCACAUGGAAAGACACAGCCUAGUCUUGUUUCUAGAAGCAGCAGGUUGGCUGGAAAAUGCUUGAGGUGUAAAGGAGAUGACAAGUUUCCUUUUGGGUCCAGGUGGUGUGAUCCCAAGCAAUCGCAUUUCUGAGUCACAGUUUAUUUAUCUAGAAAAUAGAGGAUUGUGUAUGCAGUUAGGGAGAGGUUUGUGAUUGGAGGCCUUCUGAGGGCUGGCAGUGUUCAAUCUCAUGACAUGGGAGGAAGUUAUGCAGACAUUCACCUUAUGAUAAUGUAUUAUUAUACCUCACAUGGUGUGUUUACAUGGUGGGCACUUUUGUGUAUGUGUGUUAUAUUCACAUGAAAGAUUUUAUUUAAAUAAAGAAAAUGAGAGUAA